CUCGAUCUCAUGCUAAUUAUUACCCCCAUGCCAUCCACCUCUCCUCUUCUCUCCUUAAUUAAUUUGAUCUGGUAUUUCCCAUUUCAUUUUAAUUAGUAAUUAAUUAUUCUUUAUUGAUUGAUUAGUAGUAAUUAAGUAAAUAAACAAUGGGAAACUGUCUGAUAACAAGGGGAUCGUCGUCGUCGUCGUCAAUGGUGUGGGCAGAGGAUGAAGACGAGUGGGAAUGGGUGUCAAAAGAAAUGGUAAUUAAUACUACAGAUAAAGACGGCGGCGGCGGCCGGCGACUGUCGUCAUCUUCUUCGUCUUCCGACGGGAAGGUGAAGAUCACGGUAUCAAAGAAGCAGCUGUUGCAGCUGCUGAGAAAAGGGGAUAUUAAUAAGGAUUCUAAUCAUCACAACGCGGCGGCAGCGGAGGAGCUGCAGCUGUUGGCAAGACUGCUGCAGGGGGACGCCGCCACCGCGGGUGGUGGUGGUGAUGAUCCGGUGGUGACGUGGUGCCAGCAACGAUCAUGGAGGCCCUGUUUGCAAAGCAUUCCGGAGCUUAAUUAAUUAAUGGUGAUUAUUAUAGUUAUAUAUAAUUAAAUACUGGUUAGAUCG